AUGGUCGGUUUGUUUAACUGGCUAUGGACCGCCUUUCUCGACGCUUGUGGUAUUGCGAGAGAAGUAACAGUGGACUAUGGGCUAGUCUCUGACCCAGAGCUCGUGGGCUCUGUGGAUCACUCCAAUGAGGACAUCAACUGGCGUGGGGCUCCAGUCUACCAAGCCACUGGAAGCCCCGGUGACAUAAACCCCCAGAACUGCGAGGGAUGUUUUGUUCGAAGACGGCGACCCUAUAUUGCGGAUGGUAAUUACUGCUUCCGACAAAUGAUAACUGCUUCAGACCAACAGCACUAA